AUGUUGCGGAGGAUCCUAGUCAAAAGGUUGUCAAUCCCCGAAUUCCCGAACAUAGUGCGUGUAGGUCAUGCGUUCACGCAUAUUUAUUUGCUAUCCCGGCGGCUGGUCAUCUAUUCGAAGCGGCGCGGGCGGGCCGCGCUACCCCGUACUUGGAUUUCAGGCAGUAUGUGGCAAGCUGGUGUAAUUUGCCUGGCUUUACUGGCCGUGCCGGUGGUCAGUAAGGAGCUAGCUGAGGUAUCCAGGGAUGAAGUGGAACUGCCGCAAGCACAGGAACCAGAUCUUAUCAACUAUGACGAUUAUAACCCUUUUGGGGAGGAUGAAAAUGCAGUUCUUGCUGAACGAGAUUUCAGGGGCUCUACUGCAGAUCAGCGUAGACUUAGAAGACCUUUGCAGCAAGUAAAUCGAGCUCCACCAGUGAAAUGUAUAGAUGUCGGAAGAUCGUGGUCGGAUGGAGAUACGUGGAAGAGAGAUAAUUGUACUCUUUGCCAGUGUUUUGGAGGAAGAGUCAAUUGCUCUGUGCUGCCUGCUUGUCUGUCUGCACCAUCAACUCCCUCCCGUCCUACAAUAAUUGCCCAACCGACGACACCAGUGCGGGGUGUCACAGGGUCCCCAGGGGACGACGGACCCCCGGGACCACCUGGAACUCCUGGAGUCAAUGGGGUGCCUGGAGCACCGGGUAUACCGGGACCUGUUGGACCGAUGCCUGAUGUCAAUGCUUACUUAGCUCAACUAGCGGCUACAGCUGGAGGUGAUAAGGGCCCAGCUUUCGACCCCUACCACUAUAUGCAGGCGUCUGUCGGUUCUCCUGGCGUAAGAGGAAUACCAGGUCCACAAGGCCCGCCCGGGCCGCAAGGGUUCCAGGGCCCACGCGGAGAGCCCGGUGAGCCAGGCCCCAGUGGGCCGCAGGGACCGCCCGGGGAGAGGGGGUCGCCUGGGUUACCGGGGAAAGACGGUACACCAGGAGAAGAUGGCGAACCAGGGCCACAAGGAACAGCAGGACAACCGGGAGCGAGAGGUUCACCAGGUGUUCCCGGUAUACAGGGGUUGAAGGGUCACAGGGGGUUCGAUGGUAAAGACGGGGCUAAGGGCGAACAGGGGUUGCCUGGUGAGAAAGGGCCAACGGGAUUACCUGGACAAAUGGGACCUCCUGGACCUGCAGGUCCAAUUGGUCCUCGAGGUGAACGCGGUCGUGAAGGUCCACCCGGAACACCCGGAAUGCGUGGAGCUGAUGGAAUGCCUGGACCACCUGGACUUAUUGGCAACGUUGGAAAGCCAGGAUCUCCAGGAUUUCCCGGUUCGCCAGGCAUAAAAGGAGAAACAGGACUUCAAGGACCAAAAGGCAGUCAAGGUAUCCAAGGACCGCGAGGUGAAAAUGGUCGUCCUGGACAACCAGGAGAGGCUGGACCACCCGGUCUUGCUGGUAGAGAUGGUAUACCUGGUGAGAAGGGAGUUCAAGGACAACCUGGAGCAGCUGGACCACAGGGUUUUCCGGGACCUAGGGGUAUACCUGGUGUAGCUGGUGACCCUGGAAUGCCGGGGGCUAAAGGCAUGCCGGGUCAACCUGGUGAACGAGGAACUAAAGGUGAAAUGGGUAUCAGAGGUGAAACUGGUUUACAAGGCCCACGUGGUUUACCCGGUGUCGUUGGACCCGAAGGCAAACGUGGUAAAAGAGGCUUAAGAGGACCUGCCGGUAACACUGGACCUCAAGGAGAAAGAGGAUCACAGGGUAUGAGAGGAUUACCAGGAGCUGAUGGACCAAUGGGCUUGAAGGGACAACCUGGAGAACGAGGAAAUGUCGGUCUCCCCGGUACCAAGGGAAGUGCUGGUGACCCUGGAAGACCUGGGCCUCAAGGUUUACCAGGUCAGCGAGGAAUGAUGGGCAGACCUGGAAUAACUGGAAAAUCUGGACCACCUGGUGAAAGAGGUAUUCCUGGAGCUGAUGGUAGACCGGGUGAACAAGGGCCGCAAGGUUUGCAAGGCGCGCCUGGUUUGAUAGGUAGCCCUGGCGAGAGAGGAUUGCAGGGAGAACCAGGAAAAGAUGGAGAGUUAGGUCCACCUGGAGUACAAGGACCAAAAGGAGACGCCGGUCGUGAUGGAAGUCCAGGAGCGCAGGGUGCUCCAGGGCCUGUUGGUCCUACUGGUGAUAGAGGACCUGCCGGUCCUCCUGGACCUACAGGUUUCCCUGGUAUGCCAGGAGCUGCAGGAGUACCAGGAUCUCCCGGAAAGGAAGGAGAAGCUGGUGUUGCUGGACCACCUGGAGCAACGGGACAAGCUGGACCCCGGGGAGAGAGAGGUUUUCCUGGAGAAAGGGGUAUCAAUGGAUUACCUGGAACUCCAGGGGAAAAGGGCGAAGCUGGCGCGCAAGGAGCUGAUGGUCCUAUGGGUCCAGAAGGUCAACGUGGUACCAAAGGUCAUCAAGGGCCGAUGGGUCCUAUGGGAAUGCCUGGACCAAGAGGUUUGACCGGUUUAGCUGGAGAGAAAGGAGAAAGAGGAUCUACAGGACCGCAAGGAAAUGAAGGACCACCUGGUCGGCAAGGAGAACAAGGACCGCAAGGACCUAUCGGUCCAGCUGGACCUCCUGGAGAGCCAGCAGAAAGGGGAGAACCGGGAGCACCUGGACAUCCGGGUGAACCCGGGGCGCCAGGGUCUACAGGGGAAAGAGGCCAGCCGGGGAUGCAGGGAACUCCAGGUUUAGCGGGGCCCCCGGGGCUCACGGGGAUGCCCGGGUUGAAGGGAGAUAGGGGUUACGCGGGUGCUAAGGGACAACAGGGCUCGCCUGGUAAUCCAGGUGUUCACGGAGAACCUGGCCAGAGAGGUCUACCCGGUCAAGCUGGUGCUAAAGGAGCGCGUGGAGAAGCUGGACCGAAAGGGGAUGUAGGACGAGCUGGGUUACCAGGUAGACCUGGAGAUUUGGGACCUGCGGGUCCUCAAGGAAGUUCUGGACCUGCUGGAAAUCCUGGAAUGCCCGGAGCUAAAGGUUCUACAGGUGACUCUGGAAGACCGGGCGCUCCAGGGCCAAUGGGACUAACAGGACCCCAGGGACCUGAAGGAGCUAAGGGAGAGAGGGGCAGUGAAGGUGAAAUGGGACCUAUUGGACCGAUUGGGCCAGUUGGACCUAGUGGUGAAAGAGGACCUACAGGUUUACCUGGACUUACAGGACCACCAGGGCCACAAGGAUUGCGAGGUGUACAGGGUGAAAGCGGGUCUCCUGGAAAACCAGGUGCUGACGGUGCUCCUGGACCGAUUGGAAGCCCUGGUCUUCAAGGACCACCUGGUCCAAUGGGUGAACCUGGACCAGAAGGUCGUCCUGGAAAACUCGGUCAACCUGGUAUACCUGGCAGACCUGGAGACAAAGGACCAACAGGACAACCGGGACAAUCUGGACCAUCAGGGCCCCCUGGAUUACAGGGACCUCCUGGCCCUGGUGGCCCGCCCGGUCCAAGUGGUGAAAGAGGACCAAGAGGAGAAUCUGGACCACCAGGAAUUGAAGGACCUCCAGGUCCAUCGGGCAAGCAAGGUCCCCCCGGGUUCGACGGGGCGAAGGGCGAGCGGGGCGAGGCGGGGGCGGACGGGGCCAAGGGGCACGCGGGGCUGCCCGGCCUGCCCGGGAUGGUGGGCGCGCCGGGACGGGCCGGGGACCGCGGGCUGCCCGGGGCCAUGGGGCCACCGGGGAAAGAUGGAGAUGCGGGGAGUCGUGGACCACCCGGUAGAGACGGCAGUCCAGGUCCACAAGGAUCACAGGGACCCACUGGGUCCCGGGGACCUCCCGGCGAACCAGGACGACACGGAACUCCAGGGCCUGCAGGACCUCCUGGCCCUCCAGGGCCUCCCGGCGAGGGACUGGCGUAUGACGCUGCUGCUAUUGCUGCUAUGUUACAACAAGGUCAAAUCAAAGGACCAGACCCACUAGGCGACGACCCUAACAUACCUCCCCGUUUCUUCAAAGACGACUUACCUCUCGCUGAAAGGAAGCAAAUAGUCAUGAAAGCGUAUGAAAGGCUCAAAGUGUCUCUUGAUAAGUUCCUUCGACCAGAUGGAAGUAAGGAAGCACCUGCGAAAACCUGUGGAGAUAUCAAAUAUCAUCACCCUGAAUUUAGUAGUGGUCAAUAUUGGAUCGACCCCAACGCGGGUGACACCAACGACGCGAUCCUCGUCCACUGCGACAUGGAAACUGGCGCUAGCUGUGUCUUCCCCAAACCUAUUGAAUCUAAAGAAAUAACACAUCAUGGUAGAAAUGAAGCCUGGUUGAGCGAAAUGGAGGAUGGGUUUACGAUCUCCUACAAAGCAGACCACAGCCAGCUCACAUACCUCCAACUGCUCUCAGUGAGCGCGGUACAAAACGUAACGCUACACUGCAAGAACACAGUCGGUUAUUACGAUCCAGAAACAAGAAAUUAUAAACAUGGCCUCAAAUUAUUGGCUUUUAAUGACGCCGAGAUAUUGCCCAAAGCGAAUAAUCGGUUGAGAUAUACCGCCCUGUUGGAUGAAUGCCAGCACAAACAGCAAGAUUGGGCAAAGACAAUAGUACAAUACGAAACGGAUAAACCGAAUAGACUUCCAUUACUGGAUGUAGCCGUAAGAGACGUUGGGAGAAACAACCAAAUGUUCAGAAUAGAACUGGGUCUCGCUUGUUUCGCUUAAAAUGUUCAUGUUAUUUGUUCCAAAUUCAAAAUUUCGAAAAAAAAAAUUGUAAUUCUUUUUACGCGACACUGGCAAGUUCGUAUAUUACGUUUAAAAACUGUUCUUUCAUUCCAAAUUUAAAAUUUUGGAAUUUUAACUGGCCAGUUCCUUCAUUGGCAUAAUAAAAAAGAAAUGAUUGUAAUGUUCCAUUUUUAAAUUUGUGUACGACGUUAUUGUUUUUUUUUUAUUUUUAAUAAGGUCGUCUAGCAUGACGUUCUUUUGGUGCUUUGAUAAGAAAAAUCAUAUCAAUUUUAUUGAAAGUGAUAACUGUAGAUGCACUUGAGAUAAAUUCAUAUUAUGAAUGUGUAUUAGAUUUAAGACAUAUAUUCGAUAUAAACGAAUUUACAGCAUUUAUACAAUAGUUUUGUAAGUUAAUGCCAAAUAUAUUUAUAAGUGAUUCCUAUUUAGAAUCUCAUAGGUUAGGUUUUGUGAAUAAAACAACUAGAUAUUUUUGUAUCAAAUUUAUUUUAUUUCUAGUUUAAGUACUUAAAUUUGUAAAUAAAUCGUCACAACAUUGUCUUAUAAUAAUUUAUAAUGGUCCAUAAGGCUGUGUACAUAAUUGUAAAUAACCUUAAAUAGAAUUAAGUUCGUUUAUAAGAAACUGUAAUCCUAUUAAAUUUAAGACUAAAGAGAUUAUCAAGUACCUAUAUUUACACUUUUAUAAAUAUAGCAAUUAAAUACCUAUAAUUAAAGUUCAUGAAUAUGAAAA